AUGGCUAAAUUACCCAAUAUAAAUGAUAAAUUUUUAACCUUAGAGGCUCUAGAAGAAGCUGCUCAGGCUGCUGCUAAGGCACAGGGCUUUGCUUUUUCAAGACGAAAUAGUAAUUUAGAAAGAAACAAGGGUAGAUUACCUUAUGUUGUCUUGCAAUGUACAAGAAGUGAAAAUUGGUGUAACAAUUGGGACAUUACUAGAAAAUCAUGUAAAAAAGAGUCAAAGACUAACCGAAUUUGUUGUCCCAUCUUUAUUAGAGCUACAAUUACCAAAAAACAAUUAUCUGUUGUUUGGGUUAUUACAAAGGCUGAAUAUAUUCAUAAUCAUUCAUUACUUCAACCAGAUGAAAUAGUAAGCCUUUCUCAACAUAGAAACUUGAGUGUUGAUCAAAAAAAGCUCUUUGGUAUUGUUAUGCCAAAAGAUGUGAUAAAUAAACAUGCACAGAUUAGAUAUGCACUUAACGAAGACCCUAAUGCUGACUCUGCACAAAAACUUUUAUGCAAACAUGAAUAUGCAAAAUGUCCAGAAGUUUUAAUUGUCGAUUCAACUUAUAAAACAAAUAUAUAUAAGUUUCUACUUGUGAAUGUGGUUGGAAUUAGCAAUAUUACAAAUAAUAGAGGCUUAUUAAAAACUUUUCAAAUUGCAAUGGCGUGA